GCUAGUACAUAUUCCUUGUUCGAAUGAGAGUCAAUGAGAGUUAAAAAGCAUAAAAGACUAGCUGUCAAACGUCGCAGAAUUUCGGGUCGAUUUAAUAGUGAAUCUAUUUCUCAAUAUUCAGUAUUAUGAAAUAAAAUAUGUAAUACCAUAUCCAAAAGGUGCUUGCCACAUCAAUCUUGACAUGGAAAAGGCAAACACAGACCAAUUAAUCCCAAAAUUAAUUUCCAGCACGUACGAAGAAUUCUGUAAAAAUAUUGUUGUGUUUCUAAAAGUUUACAAUAAGACGACAAAGUUUGAAGAGCUAGAUCGUACCCAUUUACGAGAGAAGUUAUGGAAGAGAUUAUUUUAUUAUCUAACGGAUUACAUUCAUGUAGACCAACAUCAUCAUUGUUUAGCUGCUUUGAGGAUACUUAGCCGCGAUAAAACAAAUUUAAAUGAUCUAAUUACGGACAAUGAAAUAAAAAAUAUAUUGCAAAAUGCAGGGCUGACAAAAAUAUGUGAAGGAGAACAAGUCUCAUGCACAAUCGUUACAAUAGAAGCACUAAAGUUACUGUGCAAUUUAUUAUUUAAUAGCGAAAAAGUGCAACAUUCGAGAAUAUUGAUUUCUUCUUUGCCUUAUCUCAUUGAGCGGAUAAAAAAUUAUACGGAUGACAUUCCUCAUGAUGUUAAAUUAUUUGAUUUGAGAAUACUAUUUUUGCUCACUGCACUAAAUACGUCUACGAGAGAUGUAAUCAAAACCAAAUUAUGUGGUGAUGUAUGUCUUGUUAAAAUAUUAGAGGAAUUUGUAACGCAAAAUCAAAACAAAAGUGAUAUUAAGACUGAGGAGAUAACAAUAGUUUGUGAAGUUUUGAAAAUUCUAUUUAACUUGUAUAUACACUCGGAUAAUAUUGGGGUUGAAGAUCAAGAAAAAUAUAAGAACUUGGUAUUAAUCUUGUAUAAAUUGUUAACUCUUAAGCACUCAGUGCAGCAGGAUGAUCUUGAGAGCCAUGUCGUUAAUUUGUUGACUGUGAUACCGUACACUUGUUACACACCAAUUAUACAAGCCGUUGAAAACAAUGAUUGCAAAGAUGUGUAUCAAAAUAUGAAUAUGAGCGCUAUAUGCAUCUUACUCAGAUUUUUAGAUAAAAGAUUAGAAUGUAAAACGCAUUUAUUAGAAAACUUUUCUCCAAUAGUUACUGCGCUAGUCAGACUCGUUAAAUCAGAGAGGAUUAUUCGCAGAUACGUAAGAUUGCAGAUUCUGCCUCCUUUAAAAGAUGUCAUGCAUCGUCCCGAAGAAGGAACGACAUUAAGAGCUAAAUUGUGCAAAUUACUAACAUCACCUAUUACAGAAUUACGCGAUCUAGUUGCAGAACUUUUGUUCGUCCUUUGUAAAGAAAAUGUUAACCGCAUGGUGAAAUAUACAGGAUAUGGGAAUGCGGCAGGAAUGUUUGCCACUAAAGGUUUAUUAGGGCGUAAUCAAGCGGAAACAGCUUAUUCUUCCGAAUCGGAAGAUAGUGAAACGGAAGAAUACCAAAAGUAUAAAGAACAGAUAAACCCAGUAAUCGGAUGUUUCGAACAGCCUAAGCCAAAUCCGCUUGAAGGCAUGACAGAGGAGCAAAAGGAAUAUGAAGCUUUAAAACUAGUAAAUCUUGUUGAUCAAUUAACGAGGGAGGGAGUCGUGCGUCCUUGUCGCAUCGGCGAAGAUGGGAGGCCAGAACCGAUAGAACACGUUCUAGAAUUGCAGAACGAGUUACCGAAACAGCAAUACGGCAAAAAGGAGGAUUCAGACUCCGAAUAAAUAUGCUAUGUAUGUAUAUAUAUGUAUAUGUUAUAUAUCUCCAAAAUACAGGACGAUUUGUAUAGAUGUAUGUAUAGAUGUACUUUUCCGAAUAAACAUAUUUAAGUCGAAAA